AUGCUGCCUAAGUCGGGAAAACGGCAUCGUAAUCGUCGGCGCUUGCGAGGCAUCGACAACGAAUAUGAUCCAAGCGAUGUGCUAACCGUUGCGGCCGAUGUGUGGACAUCUUGCCACACAACUGAUCAUGUCUUGGAUGGUUCACUUGUUCAUCGCAGGACCCUGACACUGGGCUUGACAGGAGCAUUGUUAGGCUUCAAUGUUGGUGACCGGAAUCAAGCGAAUGCAGCUAGAAGGCCACCACCACUACCGCCAGCGGAGAAGAAAGACCCCAGUCUGAGUGGUGUUCAGGCAAAAGUAUUAGCUAGCAAGAAGAGGAAGGAAGCAAUGAAACAAGAGGUUGCUAAACUGAGGGAGAAAGGAAAAUCUGUGGAUGGCUCAUCACCACCAUCUGAAUAGUUUGGUAUCGAGAGUAUCAAUCGUUUUGAAAAGGGAAAAAUUGUAUCACUCUUUCGAAUUUUAUAAGCAACUUUGUAAAAUCUCCAUU